AUUUGAGGUUGGAUGGACAUUUCUUUUGUUUGAAACUCCUUCUCCUCAUAUCCUUUUGCAUGCUUUCUACUGAAUUCUACAAUAAAAAUUUGUAAAGGUAUUCCUAUUUGAGUUGCCGAGAGUCCCACGCAAUUGUACUUAUCCGACACAUAUUUCAGUCUCUUUAUCAGAAACUGAAUUUCUUUUGAUUUAAUCAUAUCUUCUGGAACAUUUUCUGAUACAAUCCUCAAAGUUGGGUCACCAAUUUGAACUAUAUGUUUGUAAGGGGAUUCAUUCGCUUUUGGUUUCACUAGAUUACAAUACCAAGUUCUAAGAGAAUUAUAACUUAUAAAACGGCAUUGUGAUUUCAAACAAGUGUAUGUACCUAAUAUUUUACGCAUGUUUUUCUGUGGAAAAGACGAAAACUAGAAACCUCAAACGAUAUGAGUGGUUAGGUUCCUCUUCUUCUCUAUUUUAAGUCCUUACACCAUUCUCUAUCUGUCUAGAUUGACUACCGAAAAACAUUCAACCAACAACCAACCUAGCCAGUAUUGUAUCACGCUUUACCGGCAAUGCGACAUGCACUACGCGCCACGCGGUACAAUGUUUCCAGUUUUCACUAGUAAUCAGUACAGAAAUGGGAAAUUGAGAAAUACUUUGUAGUAAAAUGUAAUCGAACGAUAACUCAUGAUAACACUAUGAUAAGUCGAAUCCAUAGCAGAUUGGGGAACGGUGAAUAUGGUGAACACAUUCGAUGAUUAUGAAGAUUAUCUGAAGAAUUAUCUUGGAAAAAAUUCGAAACUUGCAGUACUACUCGAUUAUGAUGGAACUUUGACUCCCUUAGUGGCACAUCCUGAUUUAGCCAAAAUACCCCUUGAAACAAAAAGGGUACUACAAGAACUUUCCGAACUCCCAGACAUUUUCAUAGCAGUCAUAUCGGGACGAGCCGUGAAAAACGUGAAGGAAAUGGUAGGAUUGGAGAACAUAACUUAUGCAGGUAACCAUGGUAUGGAAGUUUUGUACCCAGAUGGAUCAAGUUAUGUUCAUCAAUUACCAAAGGAUUUCGAUGAUCAGAAGGAAAAAAUGAUCAAAGAGUUAGAAAAUACAGUUGUUAGAGAUGGGGCUUGGAUAGAAAACAAAGGAUCAACUCUGACAUUUCACUUCAGAGCUGUUCCUGAACAUUUGAGAGGCAACCUUGAAAAAACUGCAAAGGAUGUCAUGGAGAGAGCUAAUUUCAAAGUAGGGAAAGCUCACUGUGCCCUGGAAGCUAGGCCACAAGUUGACUGGAAUAAAGGGAAAGUAGCACUACUUCUCUUAGAACAAAAAUAUGGGGACAACUGGAACAAAAAUGUCAAAGUUAUAUUUGUAGGCGACGAUACUACUGAUGAGGAUGCUAUGCAAUCCUUGAAGGAUAAUGCAGCCACUUUUAGAAUUGCUGCUUCAAAGGAUGUGAUGACUCAUGCUGAAAAACUUAUAUCUUCUACAGACCAAGUUUUGAAUAUCCUAAAAUUAAUAGAAAACAUAUAUAAACAUGAUAAAUAAUGAUCUGAUUAUUCAACUAGUAUUUUCAUCCAUUGUAUCUUAUGAUAAGUAGUGUUCUUAUUGUCUGUGGAAAUAGUUAUAUUUUUUACUCAAUAAAAUAGAUGUGAUUAUAAAAAUACAAAAGUAAUUAUUUAUUUCGAAUAUCAAAACUAAAAUUGAAAAUCAAGUAAUAAAACUUAAAAAAUCACAACAAAUAUCACACGAUUUCAAUAAUAAAUAAUGGACAUUAGUAACUACCCAGACCAUUUAUAUAUAUUCAAUUCUGUAGGUAAAUUUCACUUGGCAUUUUCCUUAUUUGAGAUUCUGGAUUUAGG